AAAACUAAUAUUGUUGUGCACCACAUGGAUUUAGAAACUCACAAAAAUCUGUAGAUCUAGAACAACCAAUUACUUUGCACUCAACAACAGCUACUCUUUUGAGUUGUUGUUGUCGUCGAGGGGGCCAAACAGCUUUAGAAUGAAAUGGAGAUGCAAAGCUACUCUGGUCAUGGACCAACGACAACAACUUCAGCCACAGCGGAAAGUGCAACAGCAACUGCAGCAGUCCCAGCAGCAACAUUCACACAGCGACACUUCAGUUGUCGACUGGAAGAGGCGGCCCGGCCGGAGGUCUGGCAGCCUUUUAUUGGCUGCGACAGCAACACCAGCAGCAGCAGCAACAGCAACCUCAUCCUGCCCACCAGCAACAUCAACGGCAGCAGCAACACAUUCCAGUGUGCUCGGCAAGCCUUCGAUAAAGCGGAGCAGACGGCCCUCUACAGAUGCGAUGGGGAGGGUCCAUUGUCAGAAAGCUGCACGUUGAGGCUGAGGGCGCGACUGUUGCAAGUGCCGUACGAGGCGUAUGAGCAAUUUGGACUGGCAAUCAACGGGGAACUCAGUGAUACAUCCAGUGAUAUACUUAGUGAUAGUUCGAGCUGCGAGGAGGGAGAGGAUGUUUUGCAAUGUGAGCUGGGGCUGACCCAGGAUCUAUUUCUUUGUCAUUUGCAGCCGCAGCAGGAGCCAUUUGGGGAGCUGGAAGGCCUGGGGGAGGCGGAGCCCCUCUCGAACGGCAGCCUACUGGAGGCCUAUCCCAUCGAGCUGGGCAACGAACACGACGGACUCUGGUCCUUCCUCAACCUGAGCGAGCUAAUGGAAGCCGGCAACGACACCUCUGGCAUCGUGAAUGCCACCAGCAGCAGUUUGGACAUGAUUCUGGCCAACUACACGGCCCAUACCACAACAACAGUCGCCUCCACCGAAGCCACGUCGAGCGAUAUCGGGGUUACGAAGAGCUUUCUGGACUACAGUCCCCACGGCUACGAUUGGCUUUUCCUGUUCGUGGUCUUCUUCAUCUUUGCGGGGGGCUUGGGCAACAUCCUCGUCUGCCUGGCUGUGGCCUUGGACCGGAAGCUUCAGAACGUCACCAACUACUUCCUGUUUUCCCUGGCCAUAGCCGAUCUCUUGGUCAGUCUGUUCGUGAUGCCCAUGGGUGCCAUACCAGCUUUCUUGGGUUAUUGGCCACUUGGCUUUACUUGGUGCAACAUUUAUGUGACCUGUGAUGUGCUGGCCUGUUCCUCCAGCAUCCUGCAUAUGUGCUUCAUAAGUUUGGGACGCUAUCUGGGAAUACGGAAUCCAUUGGGCUCGAGACAUCGGUCUACGAAACGAUUGGCUGGUAUUAAGAUAGCCAUUGUUUGGGUAAUGGCCAUGAUUGUAUCCAGCUCGAUAACAGUCCUGGGUCUGGUCAACGAGAAGAACAUUAUGCCUGAGCACAACGUCUGUGUAAUAAACAACCGCGCCUUCUUCGUUUUUGGAUCUCUGGUGGCAUUUUAUAUCCCCAUGCUCAUGAUGGUCACUACUUACGCACUCACCAUUCCCCUCCUCCGCAAGAAAGCACGUUUUGCCGCAGAGCAUCCGGAAAGUGAACUCUUCCGCAGGCUAGGUGGGCGCUUUACCAUAAGACCUCAGUACAGCCAGCAACAGUUGUAGGUGCACAGCAGCUUCUCCAGAGGCAAUAGCAAAUUUCUGUCAAUGAGCGACAGCAUUCGCAACUUUAACAAUGGAGGACGAGGGUUG